AUGCGCGCUGGGAACCUUAUCCAACCGCGAAAAGCCUAUCUUUCUCAUAUCCAGCCCUGCUUUUCCCUCCGGCCCCCGGCUCUCCGAUCAACUCCGUUCGGCUCGGCGCAACAAGCUCCUCAUUUUCUGUUAUUGCAACAGCUAAGCUUCCCCAAGCUACAGCACGCACACCAUCAAUCAACAAACACGCGCAUCAGCCCCCAAUUGCUUUGCGAAGACGAAAACAAGUGGCCAAUCGCCUCAUCGCAGCUCCGCAUUGUCCUUUGUCCCCCCCCGCUAUUCGGCUAUACUCGUCCCCUCCAUAGCACCCUGCUGUACCUGUCCGCUACGGUCCAGCGCAUCAAUCCACCCAGAGCCGCGUUACAGAGCCGCACGCACCACCACGCCCGCCUGCUGUAA